AUGUUUUCCAUAAGGUUUAUCGGCCUACUGUGCUGCUUAGCAGUGGCCAACUGCGUUGACUACGACAUCGAGGACCGUGUACUCGUCCUCAACGACAGCAACUUCGAUGCGGCCAUUAAGGAGCACAAGCACGUGUUUGCCAUGUUCGUACUUUGCCACUACCUCCAUGACUACAGCAGUCAACUCUUGGCCCUCAGUCACCAGUGGCUGCGCAGCAACUAUCCGAAGCGGCGACCUCUCCUGCAUCAAAAGUGCGAGGCCCUCGUGCCCAAAUUUCCCAAGGCUGCCAAGCAGCUCGAGGAAGAAGGCUCGGACAUCAAGCUGGCCAAGGUGUACACAACCUUCAAGGGUCUGCUCGCUUGGAAGUACCUGCACAGCUUGCCGACACUCAUGUUUUUCCGCAAUGGACAUCCGGUUGACUACAAGAGUAGCCAUACCAUAGAGGAGAUGAUCCAGUGGGUUAAGAAGAAAACCGAACCACCGGCUCAGAUACUCAGCACUGUGGACGAUGCGAGGAUCUUCGUGGACAGCGCGGAGGUCACCAUCGUGGGCUUCUUCAAAAACCAGACGAGCCACGAGGCCAAAGAGUUCAUCAAGGCUGCGUACACUAUCGAACGGCCCGCGUUUGCCAUCACAUCGGACGACACCGUCUACAAGGAGCUUGGUGCCAGCAAGGACGGAUUUGACGAGCGCAGAAACACUCUCGCAUUGAAGCCCACCUGUGAUAAGAUUCGGACAUUCGUCGCAAUGAACAGCCAGCCCCUGGUUGUGGAGUUGACGGAGCAA